GACACAAAGAGAAGAAGAAGAAGAAGGAGAAGACGCAUGUGAGGAGCACAGCGCAGUUUAGUGAAAGCAGGAAUAGCUUCUGAGAGGGAGUCACAAACUGCUGAGGCACCAAAACACGAAAGAUGACAUUUGCCAGUGAGAAACUGUACAAUGGAUACAUUCGGCCGAAAAUGGCAACCAUUGCCAAAACAGUGGACCCGAGAGAAAUAAUGAUCCAUCUGCCAUGCUUGACCUCUCACGACAGGGAAAACAUAGAGGCAAGAACACAGAAUAAUGGGAACAUUCAGGGCAUGGUGCGUCUUCUGGAUCAUCUGAAGAGAAGAGAGAACUGGCCGGAGCAGUUCAUCGAAGCACUUGAGGCCUGUGAGCAAACAACUAUCGCAGCUGAGAUUAGAGACGAAUACAACAAACACAAAGGCACCAACAAUUCCAACCCCAGCUCCCCUUCAACGACUGUUGUCAGUGCACAUGUCCAUCCAGCACCAUCUGCCAGUCAUCUGUCAACCCCAGAGAGUGCUGCAAACAAUCUACCUGCUGUUGCUCCGCCAGCUCCUUCAGCUCCGCCAGCUCCUUCAGCUCCAUCAGCUCCAUCAGCUCCUCCACAGCCAGCUGAAGCAUCAGCUCCUCCACAGCCAGCUGAAGCAUCAGCUCCUUCAGAGCCCAUUGCCCAGGUCUCCCCCCCUUCUUCGCCCCGUACGGGUGCAAGGCCGCAGAGCUCAGCAGACAAAUUUCCAGAGGCUGUUUCUCCACCUGAGCCUGCUCCUGAGCCUCCACAGCCAACUCAAAAUGAAGUGGCACCACCUCCGUCAACACCUCCACCUUCAACUGCAACCCAACACACUCAGGCCACUGAAACCCCACCACCUCAGUGGGAGAUUAACUCUCACCCGGAGCCGGAGGAAAACUCAGACGUCCAGGAUUACUCUGGUGAUGGCGGUGUGAUCCCUCAGGACUCUGGUCCUGUUGAGCAGUGUGAAACAGACGCUGCAUCCCGCCCAGAUCCUCUCCAAAAAACGACAACCGACACCACAAAGUUCAGUCCACCCCAGAGUCCCUCUCUUACUCAGAUAAAUUCAGAUGUGACAGAUGGAUCCUCUUUCUUCACAAAGACCCCAGAGAGGGCUCCAGUUCAGGACACCACCCCUCCUGUGGACAUAAAACCUGCUCCCAUCCUGCAGCCUGAAGAGACAUCUGAACCUCCUGCUGCACAGGUUAGUGGAAGCAGCCCACAGACAGCAGCUAUAACCUCCACCCUCCCGGAUGCUGCUGAGAUGGACGCUUCGCUCUGUGCUGACAGCGAUGUGUGUCUGAGCAAGCCGGGCCAGCUCCUCAGUAUCCUACCACAGAAUCAUGGCAGCCCUAAUCUCCCUGAACCCAGCUCAACACUGCAGCUCUACUCUGGUAAUAGUGAGCGUCUGGAAAUAAGUGAAGCUGCACCAGACAGCGAGACCUCUGCCCACCUGCCUACAUGCUCUGCUGUCACCUCCACCACUUUGACUACAUCGUCUGCACUGCCAUGCCAGGAGAACGGGAUUGCUCUUAACCAUAACGAGCCAGAGGAAAACUACUACGAGUCUCUCAGUCAGGUUCACGAGGUGCAGGAGGUGCAGGAGGUGCAGGAGUACGUGUUUCAUGUAUCAGAGGAGCCGUCGAUCCUGAACCUAGAUGGCCAGAGCUCAACACCACAUACUCAGAUUGUCAACACUGAAGCAGCCAAAGAGAUCCCUUCUGGACCACCACUGUCCAACAAUGCCACUGAUACUGUAUCCAGUGUAGAUGCCCUCUCCAGUGAGAACCAUCAGCCCUCAGAGCCUGCAGCAGCUGAUAUUUCACCAGAGACACUGCAGGAUUCACAGGAGAAGAAGGGCUCUCGCAACCUGCCAACUAAUACAAAGUACAUUCUGACCGCUGCAGGAGUGGGCGUCUGUGCACUGCUGAUUGCGUGGAGGUUUAAAAAUUAAGGGGAUUUAAUACCUUUUAAAGGAAGAGAAGAUUAGGCUUUAAGGCUUUUGAAAGAGGAUCUUAAGGUUAUGGUUACCAUAUUGUAGUCACUGGACUGGCAUUUUCACUUUCCUGGCAAGCACUUUCAAGCUAAACUGUUCUUGAAUCUAAUCAUGUAUUUUAGGAAAAAUCAGUGUGUCAUCUGAUAAUGUGUCAAAGAAUAAAUCAUCCAAACACUGCAUUAUAUACUUUGCUCAUGUAUUUGGUUUAUAUUCCAGAUUAUUUACCCAAUUUUUUUAAAACCCAUGAUGGCCAUCUGUUUGUUGCUGAGCGGGGGAACGUAUUGUGCUAACAUACGAUGAGUCUCAACUGUAAGCUGUCAUGACAUUUUCCGCAAAAACUUGGUUUUAAAUUGAAAUUUUCAUAGGUAAAUCAAUGAGUUUAAAAUAUAAGUGAACAAUAAGAAAUGUUUUUUCACUUGGCAGGUCUUCAGGGUACUCACUGUGGCAACCACUUAUCUCAACAAGCAGCUAUGAGCUUCCUGGCAGUUAUCUGGUGUAAAUGUUUAAAUGACAAUUAAUUUUUCUGUAGGUUUUCUCGCUUAGAAGGUUUCGCACAUUUUAAGGGGAUAUUUUCACUGCAAAGAUGCUUUUGAGAUGUAAUUUAUUUCAAUUUGUAUGCACUGUCUCAGCAGUGCACUUGAUAUGAUGAUGAUAUAUCUGCAUGUUAAAUUCCCUUCAGAAAGACUACAAAUGAAUGUCAAUUCCAUAAAAUAUUGCCUUUUAUUUUUGCUUUAUUCGACUGAACAAGGGUGAGAGAACAUCCUCAAUAGGAAUCCAUUGUGUUCAAUCCAUUUUGUGAAAAAGAAAAAAAAGAAGUAAUAGAUACAUACAUAAAUUAAUUUUAAAAAACUGAACCACAUUAAGACAGUUCAAACUUGUGGAUAUUACAUAUGCAGAAUAAAAUUAACAUGUUCACGAUUUGUAGUAUUUCCUGAUUCUUGUUUUCAUUUUGCAAUUUUUGCAAAACAUUUUUAUCGUUUCCUUUUCUUGCACAUGUAUGAGCAACAAAAGAGCAAAAUAUCCACUGCUCCUUGCAUGAUGUGUUGAUGUGGUUAUAUAAAAAAAGGAUGGGUUAAAUGCAGAGGUUGAAUUUCCCCAUUGUGGGAUUAAUAAAGGAUAAAUCUUAAUCUUUAUCCUUCACCUGCUCCUAUAACGUUGUGCAAUGAUAAUAUAAUGAUAAUGUAGCUGUACAUUAUUUAAGAUUUUUCUAAAUUUGUUUGGGGUUGUAAAAUGGUGCUUGAUUCGCCUUUUUAGCUUUUAUGUCCAUGCAUACAUGUUUUCCUUCACCUGCUCCUAUAAUUUUGUGUAAUGAUAAUAUAAUGAUAAUGUAGCUGUACGUUAUUUAAGAUUUUGUAAAUUUGUUUGGGGUUAUAAAAUGGUGCUUGUUUCGCCUUUUUAGCUUUUAUGUCCAUGCAUACCAUGUUUUUUAAUGUGAAAAAAUCAAGAAAAAAUG